AUGGGCCUCAUCCCCUUCAGCUGGCUGCCCAUGGAACCCGCCGCCGCUGCCACGUUCACCGGCGGCAUUCCGCCACCGUUCCCCGCCGCAGCGGACAACGGCGCCGCGUACUGCAUCGACCCGACGACCCUGCUUGCGUCCCUCCUGCCGCCCGGCAGGCAGCCUGCUGUCCCAGCCGCCGCGGAGGCGGCGAGGCGUCGCCAGGAGGAGGAGGAGGCCGCGGCCAUCCGCCUGGUGCACCUCCUCGUCACCUGCACUGGCGCUAUCCAGGCAGGCGACUACUCGGCCGCGCAUGGCAACCUGGCCGAGGCGCGCUCGAUCCUUGCGGUCAUCGCGAACUCAACCGGGAUGGGCCGUGUCGCGACUCACUUCGCCGACGCGCUCGCGCAGCGCCUCUUCCCGGCGUACCCGAACGCGGCGCCACCUGCUCCACCCCACACCGCGACGGCCGAGCAGUACAGCCACUUCUACGACGCGGGGCCCUACCUUAACUUCGCCUACUCCACGGCGAACCAGGCCAUCCUCGACGCAUUCGAGGGCUGCGACCGCGUGCACGUCGUCGACUUCGCCCUCAUGCAGGGCCUCCAGUGGCCGUCGCUCAUCCACGCCCUGUCCAAGCGCGAGGGAGGGCCACCGCGUCUUCGCAUCACCGGCAUUGGCCCACACCCAACGGGCGCCGGCGACGAGCUCCGCGAGGUGGGCAUCCGCCUCGCCGACUUCGCGCGCUCCCUUGGCGUCCCCUUCUGCUUCCGGGGCGUCUGCGUCGACCAGCUCGACGGGCUGAGCAAGUGGAUGCUCAAGAUCGUCCCCGGCGAGGCACUGGCCUUCAACUCCAUCAUGCAGCUCCACCGCCUCCUCGUCGACCCGGACGCGGACCCGGCGGUGCCCGCGCCGAUUGACAUCCUCCUCGACCUCGUCACCGAGCUGCAGCCCAGGAUCUUCACCGUCGUCGAGCAGGAGGCGGAUCACAACAGGCCGCCACUGCUGGAGAGGUUCACCAACGCGCUCUUCCACUACGCGGCCAUGUUCGACUCCAUGGUGGCCGCGGGCAACCACGCCGCCGGCGGCAGCUCCACCUGCUCGCUCGCGGAGGCGUACCUCAGGAGCGAGAUCUUCGACAUCGUCUGCGGCGAGGGCAGCGCCCGCGCGGAGCGCCACGAGCUGCUGGGCCGCUGGAGGGAGAGGCUCGCCCGCGCGGGGCUGACCCAGGUGCUGUUCGGCCCGAACGAGGUCCGCCUGGCGACGGCGCAGCUGAUUUCCGCGACGUCCUUCUCCGGCGACGGGUACAGCAUCCUGGAGUGCGCCGGCAGCCUCGCGCUUGCGUGGCACGACCGCCCGCUGUACGCGGCGACGGCGUGGCGCGCGGCAGGAGGAGGAAGCGCCGCCAGCGCCGUGGCUCACGACGAGUGGCGCGACGACGGCCGCCGCAGGGCUAGGAACGGUGGCCGCGAGAGCUACGGCUUCGGAAACCUCGCGAUUGUCUAG